GCUACCGAAUGAGCUACUGAGUUGUGAAACAGAUAAGAGUACAAAACAUUAAAGGGGUCAUAAGUUUUCAAGUUUUAUUGUUGUGGUGUCAUAGCGCCGGGAUAUGGCAUCAUGUUAUGAUAAGUAGGAUAACAUUUCCAUACGCUUGAGGUCUUCGGCCGAUCACAACGCACUGGAUAGCUGGCCAAUCGGAGCACACCUUGCUCUUUUAGAACGAUGAGCUUCGUACAAAUCAACACGUUUCAGGAGGCGAAGGUGUUUUCAGUGUUGACACAGACAGAGUGACCAUGACGGAGGGAGAUUCACUCACUCUAGAGACUGGUAUUAAAACAAUCCACCUAGAAGAUAUUAAAUGGUAUUACGAUAACAGUCGAAUCGCUCAAAUCAAUGGAGAUCAGAGUUUUAUCUGUACAGAUGUUCAUUGUAAUACAGGUACUGAGAGAUUUAGAAACAGACUGAAGCUGGAUCAUCAGACUGGAUCUCUGACCAUCACGGACACCAGAACCACAGACUCUGGACUUUAUAAACUACAGAUGAUUAAUAACAGCAGCAUCGGUGAAAGGAUCUUCAGUGUUGCUGUUGUUGAUGUUCCUGCUACUGAACGAGAUGAAAUGCUGAGAAAGUCAGUGAUGGAGGGAGAAUCUGUCACUUUAGACCCUGGUUUAAAGAAAAACCCAAAUGACGUGAUGACUUGGUAUUUUAAUGACACUCUCGUCGCUGAAAUCACUGGAGAUCAGAGUCAGAUCUGUACGGAUGAUGAGUGUAAAGAGAGAUUCAGAGACAGACUGGAGCUGGAUCUUCAGACUGGAUCUCUGACCAUCAUGAACAUCAAGAGUACAGACUCUGGACUCUAUAAACUACAGAUCAUCAUCAGCACCCGUCGACGUCGUCGCAGCAUCAGCAUCACCAGUUGGAAAACAUUUAUUCUUACGGUCUUUGAUUUUGCUCUGCCAUCGGCUGCUGUGGCAGGAAUAUGUUUGUGUUCUGCUGCUCGUUGCUGCUGCAGCUGCUGUGAUUUACUAUGGCAGGCGUCGAACAAAAAGGAACGAAGACUCAUUCAAAAGACCCGUCCCCUGAUCCCCUGACUCUCCACUGAUGGAUACCACCAAUGAGACGUCUCCCGAGGCUGCUAAUCAGACACUAAUGUGACACUCUUUAUUUUGACCAAGUAAAAGCGAAAAUGAAGAAAAAGUAAGACACGUGAGAAAAGAUUUAGCUGAAACUAACACCAAACCAAUAUUUCAGUAUAUGGGAUCACUGACAGUCAAAUAUCUCAGCAAUUAUUAUAAUUAACAGUUUAAAUAACAAACACUUUACUUUGUGAUGAAACUGAAGUGUUAUUUAGUUACAGUGUACAUGUGGCAGUAAGGCACUGUUCCAGAUAGCACACAUUUUAUGCACUUACAGUCUUGUGGACCAAUGUAAAAAAAUGUAGUAUUAUUGCCUUUUCUUGAAAUAUGCAAAACUGAAAGAUGUUAGUUAAAAGGUCAAAAUAUUUCAUGAAGUAACGAUGACUUUAUUUCUUUUGCUGCUGGACCUUUGGGGCACCCGAGGUUAACAAUCAUGCUUCAGAUCAUCGGUUGUUUCAUCUUGAUGUGUUUGUAUUCCACAAUAUUAAGACUGGUCUUUGCUGCUCUGUUUUUAUAGGUAAGAGUAAUGUAAUUUAUCAUAG